UGAUGUUAGCUGCCACCCCUAGAGUGGGUGUAGAAGGACUUGUAAUGUUUUUGUUAACAUUAUACAUAACUUAGGCAUUAAGUACACAACAUUUUCCUUCUUGCACAGGUAGGAUUGCAUUACUAUGUUGUUAAUAAACUGUUUUUAAUAGACAAGUGUGUCUCACAUUCUGCCAGGAUUAAUGCUCUUUUCUUCAUUGGCUGUUACAUUAUUUUUAGUAGAGACAGGCCAAAUUUGGGCAGAAAAGGCAAGUCAACAGAGAAGAAUUUAUUUGGGAAUCUUAGCAAGAAUUUGAGCCUCAAGGUUAUGUCUAGCAGACUUCUAAUAGUACAAUGUGAAGACAUUUCCAUAACACAGCUGUCCUAAAAGCCUACAGGUUCAUAAGCAUGCAGGACACAGCUUGCCAAGAACAGUUCUGUACUUUUUGAAUCAAAGGAGAGCAGCCAGUAAUUCUGUACUAAAGCCUUCCUCCUUUUACCAUUCACAGUCAAGGAGGAGGCUGUUGGUACAUUCUUUGGAGUGGUACAAACUAACAUUAUUGUUUCAUUUAGGAGUGAAAUGAUUGUCAUCACAUUGUCAAUGAACUUGGGUUCAGACCUUUAUGGUUCUGUACUUUUCACACCAAAUAUGUAUCAUAGCUUCCAAAUUAUUUUCCUUUCUAGUCUACAUAACCACUACAAAUCAUACUACAGCAUGCUGCAGAAAGAUUCUUAUGUUCUGGUUUAUCAUUCACUUGUGAGGCUUUGCACUCACCUAUGCAGGGAACAUAACAUUUUUGGCAGUGAUAAAAACUAAGGAAGUUUCUGUAUACAAACUGUGCUUAGAAUUAACAUGUUAUCAAUUAUUUUUAACACUCCAGGUGGAAACUUUUCUAGAUCUUCCUCUUUACCUUUGCUGUUUAUCUCUUCAGCAUGGACAGUGGGUUUUGUGUGCAAUUAUAAGCUUCUUUAUGCUGAUAUUAAUCCAUGUUUCAUUUGGUUUUGUUCCCUUUUCUACUUCUAUCUACUUCCAUACUUAGUGAUCAUCCACAUGCUUUGACUUUGAAAUAAGUUCCACAUUUACUUACUACUUUGGGGUUGUAAAAAGCUACCAAAAUAUGUCAUUUACAGACAACAUAGCCUCUGAAAAUAUUUCUUAUUACUAAGUAUUAGUAGGUUUGGGACAGUUGUUAGAACAGGUCUUGGCUCGUUUUUCAGAAUAUGUCACAACAGAGAACUAGAUCUUAUCUCUUCUAUUCCCACAAAACUGUUCAAGUAACACCAAAUUCUGUAGCUGCCAACAGAGGUAUUCAUAAGCUAGGGACAGGAAUCAAGGGGGUCCUGAAGGCAAGUCAAGACUAUGAGGCAGCUGAAGUGCUCCAUAUUCCAGAGAUGCCUCUCCCUGUUUUCUAUGGAAGCAGGCUUCUCUCUAAGGUAUCCUGCUAAAGCUCCAUAGCCCUCGUUGAGCAUGGGUGAUGCUUCAGAGCAUUUACCAUGUAUUACAAAACCAUCCUGCCAUUAUUAUUAAGUUAGUUAUUACUAAAAUAGUUCAUGAGGGAAGGAAAUUUGCCUUCCUUUUAACACAGGAUACUUAUGCAAUAAUCAGGUUUAAAAAAACCAAAACCACCUUCCACUGAGACUCUUAAACAGACAUCUUUUUUUUCUGGAUUCACCUGUAUUCAGAAAUGGCAAUACCAUGAAGAAGACAUGUUUUUCCUGGCUACCUAGAAGAAUUUAUUCAGUCCUGAAGGUGUUCUGGAGUUUACUCCACUUUCUGAUACCACUUCCCCUAUUCCUUUGGAGUUUUUUACCACAUAUCACUCCUUGUUGCCAGAGCAAUUGCACUAAACUUCUCUGGCCUAAUGACAAUAAAAUAAAUAAGCAAUACAAGAUAUGAGCAAGCUUUGCUCUCUGUAACUUGGCCUAAUCAAUCUAUAUCUUUAGAUCUAGUGCAGCUUAUAGCCAUGGGAAAGUAAAAAUUGUAAAAUCUUCUCAGCAGUAUUAUUGACCUUAAAGCCACAGGUUAGGGGCUCUUGUUUAAGAAGAAUGAUGAGGGAAGGAGACUGAAUAUUUCUGUAACAGCCUAGCUCUGCUUUAGCAGAUUGCAUUGUAUCAGUCUAUACUGUUUACUUUGGUAAAGACUCUGUAACAAAGGUUGGUCUAACUAUAAUAUAAAGCUAUUUGCUUCAAGAAAACUCAAGCAGAAGGUAAGUCAACUAACCUCUCUAUUCUGCAACAUUAAUGUAGAUUUUUGCAAUUAUUUUUCUCUACUACAUUAAUAAUUAAAAUCUGUAGUAGUCUAGAUAACUUAGGGGUGUACAUCUAAUUAUUUUGGAUAGUUGUAACGAUGACAUCAAAAUAUUUUUUGCUCAAUUUUAAUUUUGAGGCUUAAUAGUAACAAAAAUGCAUUUUCAGUAUUUACUGAAGCAAUGGAUAUCUACUGAUGCUGUGUACGUAUGAUUCACCAGUCUCUCAUUCUUAGAAAAGGACAUUUGUUUUACCAGAAGAAUACUUCAAUCAAUAUUGUGUAAUGGUACUCAAAGGAUACUGUUGUGUACUGCGCUGUCACUAUUUUAAAAGCAUUGUUGACUGCCUAUGUUCAGUUUGAACUGAAUGUACUUUUCACAAAUGUUGAUAUCAUUUUGAACUAAUAGGGUAAAUUUUGAAAAACAAAUUCAUUCUGUAGCUGCUCAUGCCUUAAUAAAAGUAUGCAAUGUAUUAAAGAUGUUUCUUAAACAUUUACUCAGAAGUACAAAGAAAAAGUAGAAGCAUUAACAUUUUAAUAAUUAGAAAUUACCUCAGUUGUUACUCGGAAAGAAGUAUUUAGUGACACCUGAAGUGUACUUCUGAAAAUGCUGUUGUCAAGAUAAGGCUAAUUGUUUGGGAAAAUUUCAUUAAUAUUAAUUGUAUGAUUUAAUAACCUGUGACAGGCUCACUAACAGAGUACCAUAAGUAACAUAACUUUAGCAGCUCAAAUGCCAUUGCCUUCAUGAAUGUAAUGAUUCAGAUCUGUCUUCAUGUUUGACAUUUAUGCUCUAAGCCAGAACCUGAUAGUUUCAUGUUUCAAAUGCCUUUCCUGCUGUUCUGAUUCAUGUAGUAGUGAUUUCAGAGACCCGUGGUCACUGAAAUUCUACCCUGUAAUCCAGAUGAUGACGUAGACAUUUUUCUUUUCCAGUUUACUCAUGUCCUAAUUCUCUGUCAUGCUUAUCUAUUUCAAUUCCCAUGUUUUUCUUAUUUUUGAAGUUACCUUCCCAAGCACUGACCUCACUUUCCAGACAACUUCCCUCAUCUUGGUCACACAUUGAUCAAAAGAUUCUUCAGGCUGACUCUAGUGACCUGUUGUCAAAGACUGUUGGGUUUUCACCUUCAGGCAUGAGCAACUUAACUCCUCCAUCAGUUCCAGAAAGUUUUCUUUGUGACUUGGAAGAGCUCAAUUCUUUGGCAUUAGCAACCUCCCAAACUGUAGCAAUCUCCCCAGGUAAUAACAUUCACCAUGUUAAGGAUAGUCUCUUUAUGCCAAAUACAGAGGUGUUUCUCAACUCUUCUACAACUCUUCCUCUGUCCUCUCUUGUAUCUCCCUCUGUCUCAUCUUCAGCCAGCUCAUCUCAUGACAUAGCAUAUAAGUAUGUCAGCAACAAUACCAAGUCAGGAAAAGACAAAGACUUAGAAGGCAUAAUUGACACUUUAGUAAUUGAAGUACCUAGAGAUUUGUCAGAUACUACAAGAGAAGGUGAACAUGGCGCUAUCCAUAACAUGCCUUUGCCAUAUGAAGAAGGUUCUUUGUCCAGUGUGCUAGCUGCAUGUGCUGAAAAUGAAGAGGACAUCUGUACUGCAGACCUGCCACUUAAUAGAGGGGAUCAGUCAGAACCUCAAGAAUCAGAUUUCUCUGGAGAAGCACAAGACACUACAGAAGAACUCAUUAGACUGUAUAUAGAGGAGGAUCUGGUACAUGACAAUUUAGAAUUCCCAAUAGCAAGUGGAGAAGAUUCAAUGGAUUGUUAUGAAGGAGAUACUUCACCAAAUAUUGAUAAGGUAUUUUAACUUCUGACAACUCUGACUUCUUGUGUUCAGAUAACUUACUAUAAUUAUUCCCUGCCUUGUAUUUACAUUUGUAUUGUGCACAGGCAUACUUUAACGUAAUUGCAUUGGAUAAAAUUGAGCUCUGAGCAAGCUGGUUGAUCUUUAAGGUCCCUUCCCACCUGAACCAUUCUAUGAUUCUAUGAUUAAAAAUUGUCAGCAUUAGGGGACAGUCCCUUCUCAGAAGCAGGCAUAUGCACCAUUGUAAAUUCUGUGAUGUAUCAAUCGUGCUGGUCCUUUCCCUCCUGCCAUUGUUUGCCGAGGAGCUUCUGAUGUGGAAAGCCACUGAACCAUUUCCCUCGCCCAUUGUGUGCUGCCCCUUUUGAGAGAGGCCCCAGCAAGCAAAUGCUGUCAACAGCCUCCAGAGGGAGGGACAUGUGCCUCCUGCGGGGACUCUGCGGUUUGUGCUCCGCAUGUGUCAGUUCACCAGCUGAUGUAUUUAUAGCAAGCUCUGUUAGGAGGAUCUGACUAACAGUAACAGAUCAGAUUAUGUUUGGCAGUUAGACAAAUGCUUCCUCCUGAAGCCCUCCCCAGUUCCUCUUUGGGACAGUACAUCACUGAACUAUCCCAAAUGUGUGCUGGCCAUUAAAUGCCACAAUAUAACUAUACAGUUUGUGUGGUUUGCAGGCAUAGAUCUUUCUUCUGUCCAGCACUUAUUUUGACAGACCAUUCAGGUAGCUGGUUUGACUUUCAGGUGCAAAUCAGGUGCUUAGGACAAUAUGAUUUAGGCCAAAUAUUAAAGUACAGUAAUUUCACAAUUAUAAGACGCACCAGUUUGACUAAAAUUUUGGUCCAAACCCGAAGUG